GCGACGAUCCCCAUGUUCUCGACUUUUGAAAUCCAAUGGGUGCAAAGGCUAUAAAGGUAGAUCGGUCGGAAUCGUUUUCAAUCCAUUUGCCUUUUCCUUGCCUUGCUGCUUUUCGCGGGACGAAACUCGACAUUCGCUUUCACCUCACUCAGCUGCAGCCAUGGCCAGCUUAUCCACUCUUUUUGUGUUCACUUCCGUUUACUAUUUCGUUCGUCUCGAUGCCGUUCUCGCGACGACGGUUUAUAUGGCCGGUGAUUCUACAAUGGCCAAGGGUGGCGGUGGUUCUGGUACCGAUGGAUGGGGGGAAUAUCUGGGCCAAUACCUCAGUGUGUCUGUCGUCAAUGAUGCAAUCGCAGGAAGGAGCGCCAGGAGUUACACCGAGGAAGGCCGGUUCGAUACUCUCAUUGACACGGUGCAAUGUGGUGACUAUGUUAUCAUCGAGUUUGGCCAUAACGAUGGAUCAUCCGGUACUACUGACAACGGCAGGGAAGAAGCUGUAGGGUCUGACUAUGAUCUUACAACUACGGUUACGGAGACAAACGGCUCGACGACUACCAUCCACACCUACGCCUAUUAUAUUCAGAACGCUGUGUCAUCCCUCCAAGCCAAAGGCGCCUUCCCUAUCGUCUCCUCACAGACCCCCGACAACAUAUGGAACACCGAUGGCUCUCUCUCUGCCAGCUCCCGAUUCGUCUCUUACGCACAGGAGUCCGCCACAGCUACUGAGGCUGACUACGUCGACCACAAUUCAUACGUCGCGCAGGCGUACGAGAACUUAGGCGAGACGACCGUCGGUACUUAUUAUCCCAUUGACCAUACGCAUACGUCAGCGACUGGGGCGAACGUCGUGGCCGAGGCCUUUGUGCGGGGAUUGUUGUGCGGGAAUAGCUCGUUGGUGGAUCUAGUGAAUGAUGCUGGUCAGGCAGUCCCCAAUGUUUGCCUCUGA